UGCUCACACUCGCCUUACAGAAGCCGAGCUGCAAACAUCAUCCGCUUUGAGCGCUUAGGCGCAGUGAUUACAUCCUCUCAGAGAGAGAAGAGAGAGAAAGUCCUGUUAUUCGCACCGGUUCUUUAUUUAUAAGAAGUUGCGUUUGUGGUCGAUUCCGCCUGCGCGUAAAAGAGGACUUUUUUUUUUUGCUGCCUCCUUUUUUUUCUUGUGGAAUUUCUUAUGUUGUUUUUGGUGACUUUGUGUGCUGAAGAAAGGGGCUGUCUGUUCUGAGCACAGAGGAGUGUGUUGGCUGGCUGUCUAUGCGUCCUGGCUCCUCCAGCAGCCUUGCAAUGUUUGCGCUGACGCCAAAAACUCACAGACGACCGGUGCAGAAUUGAUUAAAAACAAGAGAGAAAGCUCGGGAUCAAAUGGCUGUGCUUCUCACAGCUGAAACGACACAAUGUUCCACUGACCCGAGGCAGAGGAGAGGAAUUUCACAAUCGGGUGUUGCUGUUUAUUUCACUGCCUUUUUACGGACAGAGGAAAUGGGAAAUGAUAAUUUCUUGUAAGAAAAAGGAAUAACACUUUUUUUUAUUUUUUUUUAAUUUUAUCAUCAUCUUUGAAGUGCACUUUUAGCGGAGAGGAGAGGAGAUGAUUUGGUUAAUAUUCCUGCUGCUCUCCAUCCUGCUGGAUGGAGCGGUCUCUCAGCUCCACUACUCCGUGCCAGAGGAGCAGGAGCCCGGCUCAGUGGUUGGGAAUAUCGCUGAGGAUCUGGGUCUGGACAUUACUAAACUUUCCGCUCGCCGCUUCCAGACGGUGCCCAGCUCGCGGACACCUUACCUGGAGGUGAACCUGGAGAACGGCGCGCUCGUGGUGAAGGAGAAAAUCGACCGAGAAGAGAUCUGCAAGCAGACCAUCCCGUGCCUACUGCACCUGGAGGUGUUUCUGGAGAACCCGCUGGAGCUUUUCCGCGUCGAAAUCGAGGUGAUGGAUAUCAACGACAACCCGCCCGGUUUCCCCGAGACCGACAUCUCCGUGGAGAUAUCCGAGAGCGCCAUCCCCGGGACCCGGUUCCCGGUGGAGAACGCCUUCGACCCGGACGUGGGCACCAACGCGCUCAGCACCUACGCCAUCACCAACAACAACUACUUCUACCUGGACGUGCAGACGCAGAGCGACGGGAACAAAUUCGCGGAGCUGGUGCUGGAGAAGCCGCUGGACCGGGAGCAGCAGGCGGUGCACCGGUACGUGCUCACGGCGGUGGACGGCGGGGUCCCGCAGAGGACCGGCACGGCUCUCCUGGUCGUUAAAGUCCUGGACUCGAACGACAACGCGCCCACUUUUGACCAGUCCGUGUACUCCGUUAACCUGAGAGAAAACUCUCCAGUGGGCACUCUGGUCAUCCAGCUCAACGCUACGGAUGUCGACGAGGGACAAAACGGGGAAAUAGUUUAUUCUUUCAGCUCCCACAACACCCCGCGCGUAAAGGACUUAUUCAAUAUCGACGCCAGGACCGGGAGAAUAGAGGUGGCGGGUGAGGUGGACUACGAGGAGAGCAACACGCACCAGAUAUACGUCCAGGCUAAAGAUUUAGGUGCCAACGCGGUGCCAGCGCACUGCAAAGUGCUCGUGAAACUCGUGGACGUGAACGACAACACGCCGGAGAUCGGGUUCAGCACCGUGACCGAGUCCGUGAGUGAGCAGGACGCUCCCGGCACCGUCAUCGCACUUUUCAGCGUCUCCGACCGGGACUCUGGCGAGAACGGCCACAUGAGCUGCGAGAUUCUCGGAGACGUUCCUUUCAAGCUCAAAUCGUCCUUUAAGAACUACUACACCAUCGUGACGGACGCACCGCUGGACCGAGAGAACACGGACUCCUACACCGUCACCGUGGUGGCCAAAGACAAAGGUCAGCCGUCGCUCGCCACCAGCAAGUCCAUCAAAGUGCACGUCUCCGACGAGAACGACAACGCGCCCCGCUUUACGCAGACGGUUUACGACGUAUACGUGACCGAAAACAACGUGCCCGGUGCUUUCAUUCACGCCGUGAGCGCUCUGGACCCCGAUAUAGGACAAAACGCUCUCAUUACCUACUCCAUAUUGGAGUGUGACAUCCAGGGCAUGUCCGUGGACACGUAUGUGUCCAUAAACCAGGACACCGGCUACCUUUACGCGCUGCGCUCUUUCGACUACGAGCAGCUGAAGGAGUUUAACUUCAUGGUCCAGGCUAAGGACUCCGGUGCUGUUGAGCUCUUCUCCAACGCCACCGUAAAUGUCAUCAUAGUGGACCAAAAUGACAACGCGCCCUCUGUAAUAGCCCCAAUUGGGAAGAACGGCACAGCCAAAGAGCACCUGCCGCGCUCCGCUGAGCCGGGCUACCUGGUGACGCGCGUCGUUGCUAUGGACGCGGAUGAUGGAGAGAACGCGCGGCUGUCCUACAGCAUCCUGCGGGGCAACGAGAUGGGGAUGUUCAGAAUGGACUGGAGGACUGGGGAGCUGAGGACGGCGCGCAGGAUCUCACCCAAGAGGGACCCGCAGGGCUACUACGACCUGCUGAUCGAGGUGAGGGACCACGGGCAGCCUCCUCUGUCCUCCUCUGCGAGCGUGAGCGUGAUGUUAGUGGACAGCGUGGUGGAAGGCCGCAGCAGUGGAGACCGCGGCUCGGCCUCCUCCAAGGCCAAGGAGACCUCCCUGGACCUCACCCUCAUCCUCAUCAUCGCCCUGGGCUCCGUGUCCUUCGUUUUCCUCCUGGCCAUGAUCGUGCUGGCCGUGCGCUGCCAGAAGGACAAGAAGCUCAACCUGUACACGUGCCUGAUGUCGGGCGACUGCUGCCUUUGCUGCAGCUCGUGCUGCAGCAGGCAGGCGCGCGGGAGGAAACAGAAGAAGCUGAGCAAGUCCGACAUCAUGUUGGUUCAGAGCACCAACGUGACGUCAGGGGUCGGGCCCGUGGGGCAGGUGCCCGUGGAGGAGUCUGGAGUGGGAGGAGUGGGUGUGGGUGGUGUGGGGGGGUUCGGUUCACAUCAUCACCACCAGAACCAGAACUCCUACUGCUACCAGGUGUGUCUGACACCGGAGUCGGCCAAAACGGAUCUGAUGUUCCUGAAGCCGUGCAGCCCGUCACGCAGCACCGACGCGGAUCACAGCAACCCCUGCGGCGCCAUAGUCACGGGUUAUAGUGACCAACAACCGGACAUCAUAUCCAACGGCAGCAUUCUCUCUAACGAGACAAAACACCAACGACAAGAACUCAGCUAUCUGGUGGACAGACCCAGACGUGUCAACAGCUCGGCAUUCCAAGAGGCAGACAUCGUCAGCUCCAAAGACAGUGGUCAUGGCGACAGCGAGCAGGGCGACAGUGACCACGAUGCCACCAACCGGGGUCAUUCUGCCGGCGCCGACCUGUUCUCCAACUGCACGGAGGAGUGCAAGGCCCUGGGCCACUCCGACCGCUGCUGGAUGCCGUCCUUCGUGCCGUCCGACGGGCGCCAGGGGCCGGACUACCGCAGCAACCUGCACGUCCCCGGCAUGGACGCCACGCUGCCCGACACUGAGGUACCCUCCUCCGUCAUCCUCUCCGACCAACUCACCAUGACCUCGUCCGCCGCCUCGUCCAGCGAUAGGUCAUUCUCCACCUUUGGCAAGGACGGUCAAAGGUCACAGUCACACCACAGCCUUCACCAUCACCUCCAUCAGCAACAGCAGCAGUACAGCUCCAGCACGCUAGAGAGGAAAGAGUAUGAUAGGGGGACCCUACCGUACAAACCCACCUUUCACUCCCGCAAAAGGAUUUGUUAGCUCGUUCCAUGUGGACCUGUCAGAGACGGCGUGAAUUUCUGUGCUUAGACCACCAACACUGAUGCUGGAGACAGCGACAUAAAACCACACAAACAGCAAACCUGGACAACAGCGACCUUGGUUAAGCUUCAUUAUCUUGGGUGGCGAACUGUAACAAAGCCUUGGCAGCGGCCGCCGAGGGACGAGAGGAGAACUAAAUACUGAGUAGCUGUAAACCUCGAGAUAUCUGAGGAGCAAUCCAAGGCCUUAUUCCUCUCAGCAGGACUGAGACCAGGGGGCCGAAUCACUCGACACGUGAAAAUUAUAAAGUCAUCAGCAGACGGGAUGAGAGGAACUGAGGAAUACAAAAACAAGAAGAACUCACAGAGGUGGUUUUCUUUCUUUUUUUGGACUGAGGAGUUAGCCUCUAGAGAUCUGUGUGUGCCUGUUUACAUGACGAAAAAAACUAAUGUUUCUGUACAAACUUCAACCAAUGUCACACGGAACCCUUUAGCUAUUUCUAUGGUCACCACUAAGCCAACUGUACAGAGACUGUGUGGGGGGAAAAAAUGGAGACUGACAGCCAGCCAGCGAGGAAGAAAGAGAGAGAGAGAAAGAGAAAGAGAGAGAGAGCAGGUGUUGUACAGGUAUAAAAUGACACAAAAAAAGAAGGAAAAUGGGGAGGAGCAGAGGUGAUGUGCAGUACUAUAAAUUCUGUAUCUCCGGUUUUUUGACUUGACUGUCUUUAUAUAACUUCUCUUUUUUCGUUUCUGUUGUUCUUUCUGUGUGGUUAAAGUGUGCAGACUCUUAAAAAGUAUUCCAACUUACCGUUACAGACAGGAACGCGCUGUCCGGAGCCGGGUUCAGUCCUCUUUCGAGUUUAGCCACUUCAGGAAGGAGAUGUUAUAACGAAUACACUGCGUAGGAAAAACAAAAAAAAGCUAAAUUACAACAAUCCUCAUGUUCAGUUUAUCAAUAAAAUAAUCACAAAUGAAUGUUCUCAUUUCUAAACUAGUGACUAAACAGUUCUCAAGUCCCUUCCUGAGCUGACUGCGGAGAAAGUGAAAUGAUCCUUGACCAGGAUAAGGUUCCCUUUGACGCCAUUGGCCUAUACAUAAACAAUCAGACACACUCAGUGGUUUUUAUCAUGUGUGCAAAGUGUUUACUGUGCUAUUUUAAAAAGCUUAUAAAUGAAUAUAAAUCUAUAUAUAACUAUAUAUAUAUAAAUAUAUAUAUACAAUAUACUUUUUUCUGAAAACUGUGUAACCAUUGGUUAGUUUCUACACCUCAUAAUGUCAUUCAAUCUAAUAAUACCAAGUGCUACAAAAUCAAGACAUGUAUCAAUUGAGACGAGGAGGAGUGCUUCAGCCUAAAAAGCAAACCCCUUCGCACCAACCAAGGAUUAAGUUGAUGUUCUUAUUUGAUUGUUACUUUUCACCGUUAACGGACGCUGGGCCUUGUUGUGUGUAGCGAAGACACCAGUUGAGUUGUUUUGGCCUGUUGUGUAUUUUUACUAGCAGAAUAUGUGUUCAUGUACAGAAAGGGGGUCUAUCACAAUCGAGCUAGAUAUCAAAGGUUUUACAAUCAUACAAGAGAGGCAUACACAGAUACAUACCGACAUACACAGACAAUACACGGUGAGGCGCAUUUAACACAAACACACACAUCUGCACACACACACACACACACGCACAGGUCAAGUGGUGAUAAAUAAACAGUGUCAUUGAA